AUGACAAGCGAAGGCAGCGUUCAGUGCCUUGCUCUUGCUUAUGUGGCAGACAACAUUUCAGAGGGAAAGCGAGUCUCAGCAAUUGGAGUUCUAACUGGCGUAGGUACCGCUGCAAUCGUAUGUGGUACCUUAGCUACUCGUUUUCUCUCCACUGCCCAGACAUUUCAGGUUGCUGCAUUUGUAGCAAUGGCUGCAGUGGUGUACAUGAGACUUUUCCUCAAGGACACGAACCGAAUUAAUGAUGCUUUGGUGCAGCCAAUGUUGAAGAGUGGAUCAGAUGUUACCAAGUCAGAUGAAGAAUCAUCUAAGAAGAUACAGGUCUUCAAAAGAAUCUCAUCAAUGGGUGAGCUUAUUUGCUUGCUCAGCAGUAGUGGUACAUUUUCUCGAGCAGCAUUUGUUGCUUUCUUCAAUAGUCUUGCAGAGGGUGGACUUCAUGCUUCUUUACUGUAUUUCUUCAAGGCCCAGUUUCACUUCAACAAAGACCAAUUUGCUGAUCUAAUGCUGAUUGUCAACAUUGGAGGGACCUUUUCACAGCUGCUUCUCAUGCCUACAUUUGCUCCCAUCAUAGGAGAGGAGAAAUUGCUUUCCAUAGGGCUGUUUGCUGGAUUUUUGAACAUGCUACUUAACAGCAUAGCAUGGUCAGUCUGGGUUCCUUAUGCAGUAGCUGGGUUCUAUGUUUUCACAUCAGUUGCAACCCCAAGUCUACGAAGCAUUGUAUCGAAACAAGUUGGGCCCAUGGAACAGGGGAUGGCUCAAGGAUGUAUUUCAGGCGUGAGUUCCUUUGCGAAUAUCAUCAGCCCCUUAAUAUAUAGUCCUCUAGCAGCUCUAUUUUUAUCCGAUCGAGCUCCAUUUCAUUUCCCUGGUUUCAGUGUCAUGUGCAUAGGACUUGCUUGGAUGAUGGCCUUUAUUGCAAGUACAAUGAUCAAGGCUGCUCCCCAUAGUUCUAGAGGCAAAAUCAGCAUUAAGGACUGCACGGUUGCCUAG